CCCUGAACCGGGGGCGGAGGGGUCCUGCGGGCCUGGGGUGGUGCAGACCUGGGGAGACAGGAGGGCCCCUCUGAGGAGGAUGUGCAAGAGGGCACCUGGGGUCACGGUGCCUGGAUGGGGAGUGGGUGCUGAGCAGCCGAUGUGCAGGAGGGGGCGGGCAGGGCUCCGCAGGGAGACCAGGGGCAGAGGAGCCCCGCCGGCCGCCCGCCGCGGAGAGUCUCUCUGCCUCCCCCACCUGCACACCCGCUCCUGCCCUCGCCUUGGUCCCUGGGCUCAGCAACUCCAACACCCCCACCCCACCUCGGAAGCUGGGACCCUGGCUCUGGAAGAUGGGGACUGUCCCCAGAGGAGGGGCCCCGCCACGUCCGCGCCCCAACUUGUGCCCCCAGCUGUUGCCUCCCCACGCGCUGUCGCUCAAGGGCUUGACUGCCACGGCCCGGGGUCUCCUUGCAGAGAUCCUGGCCUCCCCACAGUGAGAAAGCCACCACUUGCUGGGGAACAGAAGACACCCCAGUGCAAACAGAGGCGCCGCAGGGCAGAAGGCUGGCCUGGGCCUGGCAGCCUCCCUCUGGCCUGUCAGGCAGCCCGGAGGCCCAAGCUCAUGGCUGAGUGAGCGUCCCCAGCAUGGUCCAGGCCUGCGGGGGAUGUCCCAGAGCACAGCUGCCAGUCUCACCUUCGCCUUGGGGGCAGCCAUGACCCAGCCUCCACCCGACCAGGCACCACCCAAGAAGCACGUGCGGCUGCAGGAGAGGCGGGGCUCCAACGUCUCUCUGACGCUGGACGUGCGGUCCCUGGGGGCCGUGGAGCCAGUCUGCUGCGUGAGCACGCCCCGCGAGGUCACCCUGCACUUCCUGCGCACAGCCGGGCACCCCCUCACCCGCUGGACCCUGCAGCACCAGCCGCCCAGCCCCAAGCAGCUGGAAGAGGAGUUCCUGAAGAUCCCCUCAAACUUCGUCAGCCCUGAAGACCUGAAUGUUCCUGGCCACGCCUCCAAGGACCGAUACAAGACCAUCUUGCCAAACCCCCAGAGCCGCGUCUGUCUGGGCCGGGCACAGAGCCAGGAGGACGGGGACUACAUCAACGCCAACUACAUCCGGGGCUACGGCGGGAAGGACAGGGCCUACAUUGCGACCCAGGGCCCCAUGCCCAACACCGUGUCGGACUUCUGGGAGAUGGUAUGGCAGGAGGAGGUGAAGCUCGUCAUCAUGCUCACUCGGCUCCGAGAGGGCAAGGAGAAAUGUGUCCACUACUGGCCCACAGAAGAGGAAACCUACGGGCCCUUCCACAUUUGCACCCAAGACGUGAGAGAGUGUUCAGAAUACACUGUGCGGCAGCUCACUGUCCAGUACCAGGAGGAGUGCCGGUCUGUGAAACACAUCCUCUUCUCGGCCUGGCCUGACCACCAGACCCCAGAAUCAGCUGGGCCCCUGCUGCGACUGGUGGCCGAGGUGGAGGACAGCCCAGAGACAGCGGCCAGCACGGGGCCCAUCGUGGUCCACUGCAGUGCAGGGAUCGGCCGCACCGGCUGCUUCAUCGCCACCCGAAUUGGCUGCCAGCAGCUGAAGGCCCGAGGGGAGGUGGACAUUCUGGGCAUCGUGUGCCAACUGCGGCUGGACAGGGGGGGCAUGAUCCAGACGGCGGAGCAGUACCAGUUCCUGCACCACACCUUGGCCUUGUACGCUGCCCAGCUGCCGGAGGAGCCCAGCCCCUGACCCCUGGUGCCCUCCCCAGCCCGGGGGGCUGCCCCCUCCCGCCAGGCCUGGAAAGAUGGGUCUGGGGAAAGCAGGCCUCGUGACCUGGGGGACCCCUGGGGUGGGCAUGGGAAUGGGUGCCCCUCAGAUGGGUGCCACUUCCUCCAAGGGCCCCAAGUGGACCCUUGGGGGACCCCCAUGUCUCUCUGAGCCUAAAGCCAGGGGCUGACGCUUACACCAGAGCUGGAAAGAGGCCCAGGUGCCCUGGUCUCUGAAAUGCCACAUAAGCGCCAGCCUGUCCCGCCGAAAUGGAUGUCAAAUGCUUUGCUGCCAUCAGGAGAAAGCAGUCCAAGGGGCCCCCAGAAGCCGUGCCAGCUCCACUCCCUCCCCAGGGCCAGCAAGAAAGGGACCCCAAGAUCAUCCUCCACCCAUGCCCUGCCCAGCAACAGGCCAAGCGCCCAAGCUGGGGAAAGUCUGGUCCUCCUUGGUCAAGUCCUCAGCCUCCUCUCAGUGACUCUCUGCUUCCUCAGCCCACAUCUGUGAGGCUGAACACCCCACAAAGAGAACAAGGACCCAGACUCCGCCGGGUCCACACAUGUGUCCAGGGAGCAGACUACAGAGGUGAACCAGCCAGACAGUUGAAAUCUCUGGAAGAUGGAAAGUGUGGGGACCCCUUGGAGGCCCAGAUGGCGGCCCGCGCCUCCGUAACUGCCAGCCACCAGCUGCCAGCUCCUCCCUAGGGAGACCCUCUGCCUGCCUUCUGACCUCAGUGGGGGCUGCAAGUACCCAGGAAGCACACAGGAAACGGGAUGAGGGAGCCGGAAGCUCGGCCUGAUUACAGACAACCAGCCCGCCACACCCUCCGCCCUGCAGAGCACGCAGGGACUGCGUGGCUAUUUCAGGAACAACCUGGCUUAAAGCACCCUAUGCAGACCCAGGGGCUCAGGCUGAACCAGGACCCCUCACAUCUACCCAACCAGGCAAACUCUCUUCCGAGUCUCACAUCAACACAAUGUCCAGGGUUAGACCCAUCUCAGGGCUGAACUCUGCUCCCCAGGGAGGCCUCCAAAUCCUUGGUCCGCGAACCCAAGACAGGCUGCUACGGGGGAGGAGAGCAGCCUCCGGCUCUCCAGGCGCUGGGCCCUGGCACUGCCUUCGCGAUGCCGGUCCUCCGUGGAACCGCCGGGAGCCGGACCCCAGACAGCAGCUGGGCCUCCAGCGCGGAUGUCUCUUCCGAAGACCGUGCAGCGCUGGAGCUGAGGCUGAUGUUCUUGGUGCUUCUGCUUGGCCUCCUUACUCCCACACAGGAACCUCCCCAGCCCUGUGAGAGGCACCCUGGGGCCCGUGGAGCUGGGCGCAGAGCCCUCAGGUGCCCAAGCUUGUCCUGAGCUCAGACCCUGCGGGACGAAAGGCACCACACAGGCCCACAGCACCCCCACCCUGGGUCCUGCUGCCCCGUCCCACUCCAGAGCUCAGGGAGCAGACCCGGAAAGACCCCAGGCGGGAAAAUAAAGGCUUGUCAGACGGCUG